AUGACGUGUUGUUUUCUUAUUCGAGAGGUUUGGAAUGAGAAUCUGGAGGAAGAAUUUGUGUUGAUGCGGGAGAUUAUUGAUGAUUAUUCGUUUGUUGCUAUGGAUACGGAGUUUCCUGGAGUGGUGAUUCGGCCGAUUGGAAAUUUUAAGAGUAUUAAUGAUUUUUAUUUUCAGACACUUAAAGGAAAUGUUGAUAUGUUGAAGUUGAUUCAGUUACGGUUGAUAUUUUCAUAUGAAAAUGACAACUUGCCAAAUUAUGGAACUGAUCAAUGCUGUAUUUGACAAUUCAAUUUUCGUGAAUUCAAUCCGAAUGAGGAUGUUUUCGCAAAUGAUUCUAUUGAGUUGUUGCGCGAAAGUGGGAUUGAUUUCAAGAUGAAUAAUGAAAAGGGUAUUGUUGCUAAGCGAUUUGGGGAGCUUUGGAUGUCAUCAGGGGUUGUGCUAAAUGAUAGUGUUUCGUGGGUUACGUUUCACAGUAGGUAUGAUUUUUGAUACCUGUGGAAGCUGUUGAAUCGACGGGAUUUGCCUAAUACGCAAGAAGGUUUUCUUACCUUGCUAAAUUUUUACUUUCCUGUCAUUUUCGAUAUCAAGCACUUGAUGAAGUUCUGCAACAGCCUUCAUGGUGGAUUGAACAAGCUUGCGGAGCUGUUAAAUGUUGAGAGGGUUGGUAUUUGUCAUCUGGCGGGUUCACAUAGCUUACUCACUGCUUGUACAUUUAGGAAUUUGAAAGAGAACUACUUUAGCGGUUCACAGGAGAAGUAUGUUGGUGUCUUGUAUGGUCUAGGUGUUGAAAAUGGGCAGAGUUCUCAUUGAAGAAAACAUAUAUAAAUAAAUAAAACUUUAGGGUAGGUGUUUAUUAUUUCUCUGUGUGUUGUAUGAUGCUGCGUUCCUAUGUAUACUUUUUGGUAAUUCGUGGUGAUUUAUGGUAUCCACCUUAUUUUGGUUUUA